AUGGCAUCGUUGACGCCGUCAGCCAUUUCCGAGGCAUUCGUGCCGGGACCAGGCGCGGCUCGCGACGAGGGCGCCCUUGAUACCAGAGUUUUCCUCCCUGUUACAUGCGGUCGAGUGUUGAACAUUGGUUUGAUGUUCACUACUGAUAUCGAAAGCCACUUGGUUACAGUCGAAUAUAAAACCGCGGCGUCGGCCGUGCUCAUAGCGAGAGAUCGAAUUCUUCGGGAACAACUUUUGCCCGGACACGAUUUCAACUUUACUGUGCGAUUCGAUCAAUGCAACGAACGACUGGCGGCUGGUACCACUAUUGAGCUGAUUCUUGAACAGAAUGUGGACGCUAUUAUUGGACCCACGUGCAGUUUCCCUACGUCUGCUGCGAGUGUGGUGGCUGCUUUCUACAACAUUCCACUUGUCACGUGGGGCCUAAGCACUUCUUCCAGCUUGAGCAAUGUCGAUCGAUUUCCAACGACUGUUGUGAUGUCUGUGAACUCUUACAGCCUUGGAAUCGCGAUUCGAUCUCUGAUGUUGUCGUUUGCAUGGGACCAGUUCGCUUUCGUCUACUCGCUUAUAGGCGACCAAGAGAAGUGUGAUGUUAUGAAGACAGACGUUCAGAACGCCAUUUCGCAGACGGAUGAUGUAACAAUCUCUACUAUCAAUCAGAUGAGUGAUGUGUCAUACGAGACAGUAGUUCGAACACUCACAAAUGUCAGCACACGAGCGAGAAUCAUUGUGGUUUGUCUCAAAGAAGGAAGUGGUUACAAAAGAGACUUCAUUCUUGCUGCUAAAGAUGGUGGUUUCCUCAACGAGGAGUACAACGCCAUUUCGCAGACGGAUGAUGUAACAAUCUCUACUAUCAAUCAGAUGAGUGAUGUGUCAUACGAGACAGUAGUUCGAACACUCACAAAUGUCAGCACACGAGCGAGAAUCAUUGUGGUUUGUCUCAAAGAAGGAAGUGGUUACAAAAGAGACUUCAUUCUUGCUGCUAAAGAUGGUGGUUUCCUCAACGAGGAGUACGUGUGUAUAUCUUCGCAGAUACUAAGUCCAGAGGAUUCGGUAAGCUUUGUGCCCUUAGGUGGAGGAAAAGAAAGGCCUAUCUGGGAGGACAUUCGGCCGCAGAAGGAUGGUAGAGACGAAGAAGCAAGAAUGGCGUUCGGACAAACAAUUGUCAUUUCAGAUCACAUGGGCGCUGGUGCCGUUGGAAGCGACUACAAAAACUUCAGCAAACUCGUCAUUGCACGGAUGAAAGAAGCGCCGUUCUAUUGUGUCGACGAAUGUCAAAAGGAGGAGUAUUCUGCCGCAGCAGGCAUAACGCCCGGACAGCUCAUGAUGGCUUUACGCAUAUGCUCGUGCCUUAGUGCUUCACUUCGACUAGACCCUGACGCUUUCCGUAAGUGA